GACGUGGUACUUGCGUUGCGCCUCUUUUCUCCGCUUCAGUCUCCGUUUCCCUCUUCUCAUGGAGCUUCGAUCAACCUGCUGCUUGUUUUUUCUCUUUCUGCUCUUCUUCCUUUCUCCGUCUUCUUCAAUCGGCGGCCGCCAUCGAGCUCGUGCUCGUAGCUUGUUCCGGUCCGCGGAAAGCCUCAUCCGCGACCUUAAUCUUCUCCCCGGAAUUCAGGAAUUGGGAGCUGAGAUCGAGGCGGAAAAUCUUUCGAGCCCUCGCCUCGUCGAGAGGAGGCUGAGCCUCCCAAUUUUAGGGCAAAGCGGAUCGGAGGUACCCGUCGAGCAGCUUGGCCAUUAUGCUGGCUACUAUCGCCUCGAACACACUCAUGCUGCCAAAAUGUUUUAUUUCUUCUUUGAAUCUCGAGGCAAAAGUACUGAUCCUGUCGUAAUUUGGCUGACUGGAGGUCCUGGAUGCAGCAGUGAAUUAGCCCUUUUCUAUGAAAAUGGUCCUUUCAAGAUUGCUAAUAAUCUGUCGCUUGUAUGGAAUGACUAUGGAUGGGACAAGGUUUCAAAUAUCAUCUUUGUCGACCAACCAACUGGAACUGGCUUUAGUUAUAGUACAGACUUACGGGACCUUCGCUAUGGUGAAAAAGGUGUUAGUAAUGAUCUCUACGAUUUUUUGCAGGCCUUUUUCAAGGAGCAUCAAGAUUUCUUAAAUAAUGACUUUUAUAUAACUGGAGAGUCAUAUGCUGGCCACUACAUUCCUGCUGCUGCUGAAAGAGUUCAUACAGGAAACAAAGAGAAACAAGGCCUCAAGUUAAACCUAAAGGGUUUUGCAAUCGGCAAUGGGUUAACGGAUCCUUCAAUACAAUAUGGUGCUUAUGCUGAUUAUGCACUUGAAAUGGGUAUCAUCACUGAAAGAGCACAUAAUAGCAUCAACAAGAUAUAUCCUCUUUGCCAGCUCGGAAUUAAACUCUGUGGUUCAUCUGGAGUUAUAUCUUGUGCUGCUUCUUUGGUUGUUUGUGAAUCCAUCUUCAAUUCAAUUAUGCUUCUUGCUGGAGAUAUCAAUUACUAUGAUAUCAGGAAAAAAUGUGAAGGGAGCCUUUGUUAUGAUUUCUCAAACAUGGAGAAAUUUCUGAACCAGGAGUCUGUAAGGAAGGUGCUUGGUGUUGGUAAUAGGAAAUUUGUAUCAUGCAGUCCUCUGGUGUAUAGAGCCAUGAUUACAGAUUGGAUGAAGAACUUAGAAGUGGGAAUUCCAGCUCUUCUCGAGGAUGGCAUCAAAUUGAUGGUUUAUGCUGGUGAAUAUGAUCUCAUUUGUAAUUGGCUCGGGAAUUUUAGGUGGGUUAGUUCGAUGGAAUGGUCAGGUAGUCAGAUUUUCAAUGAAACUGCGUUGACACAAUUUAAAGUCGAUGGCAAAGAAGCAGGCCUCUUCAAAACUUUUGGGCCUCUGACUUUCCUUAAGGUUCAUGAUGCUGGUCACAUGGUUCCCAUGGAUCAGCCUAAGGCGGCACUGCAGAUGCUCGAGAAAUGGAUGGAAGGAAGCCUUAACGAAGAACUGGUCACUGCAGUUGCUACUAUGUAAUACUAGGUAUAGAUUUAGGAACCGGAAACAUAGAUAUCGAUCCAAAUUCGCCAUUGUGAAGCUGUUAGAUGGUUUCUGAUGCAUCUGAGAAUCAUACCAAUUGUAUAACCAAAAAGGAGGAAGAAAGUCCGCGGGCUAGAAGACUAACAUCUCAGCACGCACUUGCGGUUAUUAACUCAUGAAUUUCACCGCCUUUGUACCCUCGGAGACAACGUGCUUGGCUAGCUCUCCAUGGAGUGCCAAUCGGAUUGACAUCUGAAUUUCGUUUCAUUAGUUUCAUUUGGAUUAAA